GCAUCAGUCACACAGUUUCAGUGGAGCUGUUAACUUCAGGAGCUCUCUUUCUCUGCUGGUACUUGUUUACAUUUAUUUGAGUCUUCUUUUUAGCUGUUGACUAGCACAGUUUCUGAAGAAGUUACCUGUGGAUUUUAAUUUUGUUUUCAUAUCUGCUGGAUAUAUAUAAUUUUUACUCUCUUGGUAAGAAAAUGUCCCACCCUAGCACUCUGGAUUUAGACAGAUACAGCAGCUUGGAUAAAUCCCGUCGGUCCAACAGUCGCAGUCAGCCCAGGGUCCAGGCCAGAAAUGGGGACCCCCUGUGUGACUUCUGCACAACCAGGAAGCAGAAGGCCGAGAAGUCCUGCCUGGUGUGCCUGGCGUCCUACUGCGAGACUCACCUCCAGUCUCACUAUGAGUACCCAGCUCUGAUGAAGCACAAGCUGGUCAAAGCUACAGGUCAGAUGAGAGAGAAGAUGUGCGCACAGCACGACAAGCUGCUGGAGGCUUUUUGUCGCACUGAUGAGACGUCAGUGUGCGUUUUGUGCAUGAUGGACGAACACAAGCACCACGACAUCGUACCAGCUGGAACUGAGAGGACUGAGAAACAAAAACAGCUUGGUGUCACACUGCACAAAUCUCAAUACAGGAUUGACCAGAGAAUUAAAAAGUGGCAGGAUCUGCGACAGUCUGUUGAUGCAGUUAAACACUCGGCUCAGAUGGUCCUGGAUGAGAACGAACGGAUUUUCACAGAGCUUCUUCUUUCCAUUGAGAGGAAGUACAAUGAGGUCAAGGAGAUGAUCCGUUCCCAUGAAAAGAGCACCGUGACCCGUGGCGAGAUACUGCUGGACCGCCUGGAGGAGGAGAUCACUCUGCUGAAGAAGAGACACAAUGACCUGGAGAAGCUCUCACACACAGAUGAUCACAUACACUUCCUACAGAGCUGGCAGUCUCUGUCAGGACCCUCGGGAUAUGAAGACCUCAACAACAUCAGCGUUGUUCCAAAUUACAACUUUGAUUCUACCAAGAGAGCCAUUUCUGCGAUGAGAUUACAAAUAGAAGAAGUCAGCAAGACAGAAAUGAGCAAAAUCUCAGGAGCAGUGAAGGAAGUGUACAUCACUCAAGAAGCUGAGACAAAGACAAGGAGGGAAUCAAGUUUGAUGGAAGAACCGAGGCCAGGUAGAAGAGAAGAACCAAAGACAAGAGAAGAUUUCCUGAAAUAUGCUUGCCAGCUGAGUCUGGAUGUGAACAGUGUCCACCCGAACCUUCACCUGUCUGAAGGCAACAGAACAGCUACAAUGAAGAGUGAACCCAAGAACUAUCCAGACCACCCAGACCGAUUUGACCACUGGCAGCAGGUGUUGUGCAGGGACAGUGUGACCGGGACUCGCUGUUACUGGGAGGUGGACUGGAAGGGAACAGAGAUAGAUGUGGCCGUCACCUACAGGGGAAUCCGCCGUAAAGGAAACGGCAACGACUGCAGCCUGGGCUGGAACGACAGGUCCUGGAGUCUGUACUGCUCCGACUCCAAGUUCUCCUUCGUGCACAACAACAAAAGCAAAGACAUCCAAGCUCCCACGUCUCCUCGUAUCGGCGUCUAUCUGGAUCAUGCAGCGGGGACACUUGCAUUUUACAGUGUCUCUGAAAACAUGCGACUUCUGCACAGAGUCCAGACGACCUUCACAGAGCCCCUCUACCCUGCAUUCAGUGUGUGGGGCUUUGGUACCAGUAUAAGAUUGUAGAAAAGGUGCCAAAGUACAGUCAUUUGGUUCAGACAACAUUCUCUGCAAAAUCUUCAACAGUUUGAUUGACUCUGAUUUAUUUCACUUUUUUCCAUAAUUUGUUUUUUCCUCAUAUGUGAAUUUUAUUGUAUGACUGUUUUGAUCACUGAAUGUUGUUUUGGGGGAAAUUAAGAUAUUUAGAAUUUUUUAGUAGGGAAUUUUUUUUCUAGCCUUUCCUUUAUUAUGUUCAAGCAGAUUUUUUAUGAUUUUAAACUGAUAUGUUGGAAAUGCUGUCUGUAAAUAAAAUUUCAAAUUCUAAAACCCCAA